AGGGGUCGACACCGGGUGCGUGAAGGCGACACGCCUCGCUAUUGGCCGAGAGAGGCGACCCAAUCGGCGCGCCUCAUUAACACCGCCAAGCCGAGCGGAGAGGCGCCGCUUGCACUGCCAGUGGUGUCAUGCCAGCCGGCCAGGCGACACUAUCCCAUGACUCCCAUGUCCGUGCUAUGCUAUGCUGUGCGAGUGCUCCCUCAGUAGGCAGUAGGCAGUAGGCAGUAGGCAGUUGGCAGUUAAUAAUAGGCAGCAGAGAGCGGCCGCGCCGAGCGGAGCAUCUCGAUGAGGUUCGACCAGGCAGACGUGUUAGCGUGUCGAGGCCCGCCGUCGCCCCGUUCUCCAGCCGCAGCCGACAUGUCCUCGUCGUCAUCACCCUACCAGCAGCAUGCCACCGCCGCAGCCGCCGCCUUCCUCAUGACGCACCGGCCCACCGACUUCAGUGUCAGUUCGCUGCUCACAGCGGCAGCUGGGGCUCCACCGCCCCCGGCUCCACCGCCGCCUCCACCACCCCCGCAUUAUCCGUUCUGCUACCCGCUGCCAAAGCAUGGUGGACAUCCGGCCGCCUACACGACUGCUGAGGAUGUGAUGAUGGCAGCUGUGGUGGCAGCCCAUCACCCGGCAAUGGUCAGACCCCUGAGGGCUCCCGUGCCGGCUCCCUCCGCCCCCGAGGAUGAUGGUGUACACGAUGACCCCAAAGUGACUCUUGAAGGCAAGGACCUGUGGGACAAGUUCCAUAAGUUGGGCACCGAGAUGGUCAUCACCAAGUCGGGACGGCGCAUGUUUCCCGCCUACAAAGUGCGGGUUAUGGGGCUUGACAAAAAGGCCAAAUACAUCCUGCUUAUGGACAUCGUUGCAGCUGACGACUGCCGGUACAAGUUCCAUAACAGCAGAUGGAUGGUAGCUGGAAAAGCAGACCCUGAGAUGCCGAAGAGGAUGUACAUCCACCCGGAUUCACCCUCCACCGGCGAACAGUGGAUGCAGAAAGUCGUUUCAUUCCACAAGCUCAAACUCACCAACAACAUAUCUGAUAAGCACGGAUUCACGAUAUUGAACUCGAUGCACAAAUACCAGCCAAGGUUUCACUUGGUACGCGCCAACGAUAUUCUCAAGUUGCCAUAUUCCACGUUUCGUACUUACGUCUUCAAAGAAACCGAAUUCAUUGCCGUCACCGCCUACCAGAAUGAGAAGAUCACGCAGCUGAAAAUCGAUAACAAUCCUUUCGCUAAAGGAUUCAGAGAUACUGGAGCUGGAAAGCGAGAAAAAAACAGACAGGCGCUGUUGGCCGCUCAGAGGCAUCAGGACGACUCGAAGCGAGGGGCAGGAGGAGGGGGAGGAGGAGGAGGAGGAGGAGGAGGAGGAGGAGGAGCUGCAUCAGCUGCUUCUGCUGCGUCGGCUGCAGCUGCCGAAUCUGAGGAUGAGAAACUGUUGGAUGUGGUCGGUACAUCAGAACCACUGCAGCCAAUGCAUCCCCACCAUCACCUACAUCACCACCCAGCCUGGUUUUCCUUGUCCGCAGCUGCUGCAGCUGGACUGGUGGGCCUGCCGCCCCCACCCCCGCCACCUCAAGCCCCUGGGCCUGCACCCCCUGGGGCCCCCCUGGACAGCGACCCGGACAGCAGCUGUUCAGAGUCGGCGGCUGCCGCCUUCCGCCCCGACCCACCGCCUCCGCCCGGACCCUCCGCCGCCCCCGAUGACGAGUACCCUUCGCCGAACAUCUCAGUGGGCCCCCCUUUGCAAGGACCCCCCAUGCUGCCGUACCCUCACCUGGGCCUCCACCCUGCCCUCUACCCACACCUUGCCCCACCACCGCAUCCUCAUGCUCACCCACACUUCGCAUCGCACCUCUUCAACGCGCAGCUCUCGACGCUUGCACUAGCGUCCGCAACCCACCCCGCCUUUUUCGCCAGCCACUACUCCAGUUUACCCCCUGUCGCAGGCCAUCCACACACCAUCAAGGGUGGGUCGCAUCGAUUUGCGCCUUAUUCGCUGCCAUCGGCAUUCGAGACAGUUGCUCCUGCACCCCAAGUACCCCCUCCCGCCACCAGUACACCACCUCCACCCCCCAGUCCACCCUCCAGUCCACCCACCCCCACACCCACCGCUACUCCCACCGCCAGCGAGCUGAAGAGCAUUGAGAAGAUGGUGAAUGGACUGGAGGUCGAGCCCAACACUCACGACAAAUGACCCUAAAGGGUCACCCCAAUACUCUAGAAUAUACAUCAAGUCAACGUUACCACGAUCAAGUUGAUGGAAAAUCCACGUAUGGCAGAACCCGGUGCUAUUUUUAACGACUGUUUCGCGCCUCCUCAAGCCUUCCUAGCAUCGCUGAGAAAAAUGCAUGAACAUUUUCGAAGAUUAUAACUAUAUUCUGUUCCUUCUCCGCGACGAAUACGUGUGAAAUUGUUCAACUUAGAAUAAUAAGUUUAAAUAGAAUUGAAUUGAGGGAGAAUUUUUAAAACAAGUUUGCUGCUCAUUCAAAUCUUAUAGGCUAUUGCAUUAGCAAUAGCCUGACAAUAUCAAUUUCCAAAAGUAUAGCCAUAAUCAAGCCUUCAUUAUCAACCUGAACAGAAAUAGUCUUUCCCAAUAUUAAUUUCCAAGUUUCUUUGUUCAAUAAACUACUUCAUCUUGAUAAAAAAUGAAAGUAGUUUCAUUUGAGUUGUGAAUCAUUUUAUUCAAUCAGAAGUUUUCUGAAGUUCAUUUUCAAUACCACUGGAAUAAUCUAUUAAUAAUUCAUUCAGCUACUGAUUGAAAGGUCACCCAUUAUAUGCUUUUCUCCUCUACAUUGAUUUAUGAUUUUUGUCCUCAGACUAUUUUCGACUUGAAUUGCGACAUUGCUGUGAAAAAUCCUAAAACUCUCAAAAUGCAUAUAUAUUCUUGCUAUACAAUUCAUGAGGCUCUCAAGAAUUGUAUGUUGUUGGAACUUGAAUAAGAAUAUUCGUGAGCUUAGGUUGGUUAUAGUUUGUUUUUGAAAUUAUUCAGUUAUAAGUCUCGUUAAUUUCUAAUCAUAUUUCAAUUAGUAUUAGAUUGCAUUUUUGUAUGCAAAACCAAUUUGAUAAGAGUUGAAAUAUGUUUAGAAUUUAACGAGCCGAACACAAAGAAUUUCAAAAACAAACUAUAAUCAACUUCAGCUCACAAAUAUUCUUAUUAAAGUUCCAGUAUAGUUCGUCUUGUUGCUAAAUGGUCAGUUGAUUUUGAGGAGAACCUAACAACAUCACUCAAUCAAUCAGUUUUAUUAGUAAGUUGAUCUAGAGGAGUUUAUCAAUCAGCUAUUGUGGAGCAAGUUAUAUUCUAGCUUUUGAGCUCCGAAACGACAAAAUAGGUGCAGAAUUAGUUAGUUCUAUAGCGUAGGAGAGUAGCUUACUAAUAAAUAAAUAUUACAAAAUCAUUAUGAGAAUCCAUCACUUGGGCGUAAUAAUUGGGCGUUGUUACUGAAGAGUUUUAACACCAAUGAUUACAUAAAUCAUACAGUUGCAAAUGAACCGAUCGCUUCAUUCGAAUAAUCUCUUUUUCUUUGUAAACACAUUUAGUAAUUUAUUACGAUUAUAAACAGUUUUUACUGAUGGAUAUUGGAAUUGAUAUGAGCCAUCAAAUAAUUUUGUAAGACAGAAAUAAUGUAUGGUAUGAUUAUGCGAGUAGGUGGAUGGUGGCAGACGGACAUCAUUUCAUUGCUGCCGAUCACUUAUCGAUUCAAAAUCGAAGAUCAAUGUCAAAUAGGAAUGAUGCCUUCCUAUAUUGGAUAAAAUUGGUUGUCAGCUAUCAACUGCGACGAUCCAUUCAACAUCAAACUCAGGUGUGCAUAUUCUAUAAUUUGUGAGUAGGUUGUGUACUAUAUAAAACUGAUCCUAGGGAGUAAUAUGUCUCGGCGAUUCCUGGAGAACCAUAUCCAAGUUUCUACUGUACAUUGUAAAUAUCUAAUUAGAGAAUUUUUAAUCAAAGCCUGUAAAACGGGGUACUUUUUUAAAGAACGUGUGCAAACGCUAGUGUACUAUACUAUUAGUGUAUAUAUUAUACAUAUAUAAAUAUAUAUAUAUAAAUAAUAUAGAAAUUUAUGAAUAGUCAGAAGCGUGUAAUUAUUCGGGAUGUAUUUGCCGAAACCAUCCUAUGUAUAAUAUAGGCUAGUCUAUUGGAUUGGUGUAGGUCUACUCUCUACUCUGUGCUGCUCAGUAUGGUGCGGUCCAUCUUGUUGUUGUUGUUAUUAUUGUUUAUUUUAAGAUGGCAGUUCCAUCAAAAAAAUAGAACGAACGAUGAGAGGCUUUAAAAAAGUGUAUGUAUGAUGGAUGGAUGGUGAUGUGAUGAAUGACUGUGUUUUGCGAAGAGUUGGGCCUAUCUCUGGAGUGUGCAUGUGUGAAUGUGUAAGUGUGCAUGGAAUGUGAAUGACAAGGAUUAUUCCAAGUUACUGAAAAUGGUGGUAAUUGCACAAAAUAAAUUUCUAUUAUUAAAGAAUAAUGUAAUCAUAUAGAUUUAUCAUUCGAGAAAGGGAAGUCGCCGAGAGAAUAUAACAGAAUAAUGAUAAUAUGAUGAUGAUGAUGAUGAUGAUAGCAAUAAUAAUAUUUAAUGCCAACAGCCUACAAAUUUAGAAUUGUAAAGUAAUCUUAAUUAGAGUUAUAAUUGUGGCUAUCUUAUAUAUUAAAUAUAUCAAUGUGAAUACAAAUAAUUAUUUACCAGACA